AUGCCCGCUCGCGCUACGAGCGGCCCAGUGUCCACUGGGUCACGCAAAACAUCUGGGCAGAGCGCCGUGUCCUCCAAGCGAGCAUCCUCUGCGACACCAUCAGUAGCAGUACCGCCUGAGCCACCGCUCCCUACGACAUCAUCUCAUCUUCGCACAGAUGUUUGCGCAAUUUUUGCAGAUUCCCAACGCUCCACUACCGGACACAGAAAACUUGUUGUGCGGUUGCGAAAAGUACAAGAAAUAUCCUGCGGCAUCACGCCGCCUAAAAAAUCGAAAGAUGGACAGAUUGAAGAAGGCCGAGAAAUUCCUUCCAGUGACGAGACGUUUGGCGAGCAGGAAUUCAAUGUGGAAGUCACACGAUGCAUUCUUCGCAUACUGCCCAUCAAAAAGACAGAAUCUGUCGGAGACCGGGUGAUUCGCUUCCUUGGUCUUUUCCUUAACCACGCAUCUGAGAAAGAUGGCGAGGUAUUCAACCCAACAGACGUAGACGAGACACAAAUGUUCCCGGAAACCCCGACUACGCGACUGACUAUGGCCAUUGCGAAUAUGGUAGUGCCAUUACUAGCGUCAAAAGACAAGAUAGUCCGAUACCGGUCAACCCAAUUGCUUGCACAUCUCGUCAAUUCGCUGGACUCCAUAGACGACGAGGUUUUCAGAUUAGUGAGAACUGGCCUUCUGAAAAGAAUCCGAGACAAGGAGGCUACAGUCAGAGUUCAAGCCGUUUUGGGUCUGGCGCGUCUUGUUGGAGAUGAGAGUGAAGGUGGACUUGAGGACUCCUCCGCAGCUCUACUUGAAAAGCUUCUCGAUAUCCUCCAGAACGAUGCCACUGCCGAUGUGCGCAAAACAUUGCUGAUCAACCUACCAUUGAUUCCGACAACACUUCCAUAUCUGCUCGAAAGAGCCCGCGAUUUAGAUGCUGCAACUCGACGUGCACUUUACUCUCGUUUACUACCGACAUUGGGCGACUUCCGCCACUUGUCAUUGUCCAUGCGUGAGAAGCUUCUACGAUGGGGCUUACGUGAUCGAGACGAAAAUGUACGAAAGGCGACAGGAAAAUUGUUUUACGAGCGAUGGAUCGAAGACUGCGCCGGCAACAAACCCUCCGCUGAAGGAAAUACCAUGGGACAGAUUUCAGCACCGAACACAUCUGCCCUUUUGGAGCUGUUGGAGCGUAUAGAUGCGGUCAACUCUGGUAUGGAAGGUGGUGUAGCUCACGAAGCAAUGCGAGCCUUCUGGGAAGGUCGUCCCGAUUACCGUGAAGAAAUUGUCUUUGACGAGGAUUUCUGGCAAGGUCUUACAGCAGAGUCGGCAUUCUUGGCUCGCAGUUUCAAUGAUUUCUGCCGUGUUGACAACGAAUCCAAGUACGGCAGUCUCGCAGAUGACAAAAUGCCAGAGGUUACUGCUCUCGCAUAUUUCCUUGGGAAAUACUCGAGUGCUCUGCUCGCGAAAUUGAAGCAAGCUUCUGCCAGUGGUGAAAAUGAGGAAGAUACCAUGGAGCUUGAAUUUGUGGUCGAACAGCUUUUGCAGAUAGCUUUGACGCUGGAUUAUUCCGAUGAGGUCGGACGACGGAAAAUGUUUGCAUUGCUCAGAGAGAAUCUCGCGAUUCCCGAACUUCCUGAGUUAUGUACCAAGCUACACGUCGAGGUCCUUCGAAAUGUCUGCGGUCCUGAAGCUGCCGGCGAAUCUGAGUUCUGCAGCGUCGUUCUGGAAGCCGUUGCCGAAGUUCACGAUGCAAUUGCUACUGAGGACAGCUUCGUGUCAGCACGGUCUGAGCUUAGUGACGAUGGAAGCUCUAGAGCAAGUCGCGAUCGAUCCAUGACUCCAGCCAGCGAUGUACCAUUCGACAAAGAAAAAGCCAAGGCUAAGGUGCUCCGUGAGAUUAUGAUCAACAUGAAAUGUCUUCACAUCGCCCAGUGUAUGCUCCAGAACGUGGAAGGCAAUCUUCAGCAAAAUAUGCAUCUCGUUACGAUGCUGAAUAACCUGGUGGUCCCAGCUGUACGAAGUCAUGAAGCCCCUAUUCGUGAGAGGGGUUUGGAAUGUUUAGGAUUGUGCUGUCUGCUGGAUAAGACCCUCGCCGAAGAAAAUAUGACCCUUUUCAUUCAUUGUUUUACCAAAGGCCACGAAGCCCUUCAGGUUACAGCAAUUCAUAUUCUUGCAGACAUGCUUACCGCACMCCCUGCCCUACUUCUUCCAGUUGUACAAGCCGACAGCGAGACAGUGACCCCGCCCCCUUUCCAGAAAAACAUUUUCAAGGUGUUUGCCAAGGCACUGAAAUCGACGUCGCCUGCCGACGUGCAAUCCGCUGCAGCCGUAGCUCUAUCGAAGCUGCUCCUUGUCAAUAUAUUCACACCUUCUGGACCUAGCAUUCCACAAGCCAUCAAAGACCUGAACGAGUCGUCUAUUGAAGCUUUACUUCAAUCACUUAUUGUGGCAUUCUUCCAUCCUCGCACCCGCGAAAACCCCGUUCUCCGACAAGCACUCACAUACUUCUUCCCGGUCUUCUGUCAUUCACGUCUUGCGAAUACGCAACGCAUGCGCAAGAUUGCCGUUCCUGUGGUACGAUCUGUUCUGAACGCUGCAGAGGAAUUCUUCUCCCUCGAGGCUGAGGAAGAUAGCGAUGGAGACAUUGACGACAGCGUUGGCGAGCGGGAAAUCAAAGCUUUGAUGACGCAAGUCAUAGGCAUGCUCGUUGAAUGGACUGACGAGCGUAGAGUGGUAGGGCUAGGUGGUGAAAACGUUCUUAACGGAGGAACCGCCAGCUCAAAUGCUCAUGGUUACGUACAUUUGGCACUGGUCAACGACAUCCUCGAGCGGAUUCUCGGAAUCAGUGCUGGCCCCAACAAAUGCUCAAAGGAGGAGAAGAAAUUAUUGAUGUCUAUGCUCAGCAAAGUAUACAUAUCAGCUCCUGUACUCCCGACAUCAACUGCGCCCGGAUCACGAGCAGGAUCUCGUGCUCCUACCGAAGCAACAGAAGAUGCCUUCCGGUUCAGUAACAGGAGCAGUAGUGUUCGCGAAGAAAUCGAACCUGAAAUCGUCGCCCUCGCAGAAACGGUCAAGGAACUCCUCAACGACGCCUUAGAGGAAGCCGCCACAGACGCCGCCAGUCGCAACGCGAUAGUCAAGGUCAAGAACACAAUUCUGAAAAUCCUUGCAUAUGCCUCUCAACAAAACACGAGCAGCAGAGACACAAACCGCAACACAAGAGCCAGUAGCGUGGACUCGUCAUAUUCACAUGCCGGCCCUGGAUCACGACAAGCUUCCGUUGAGCCUCACAGCACGCGUGCUGGAACGACAGAAGUCGCUAUUGACGAGACGAUCAUGGAGAUCGACGAGGAAGAAGAUCAUGACGAUAGUCGGACGACGGUGAUCAAGAAUGAGAGGAACAGUGAAGAGCCCGAGUAA